AUGUUCGCUGUGCUCCGUAAAAGACAUGGCCAUGUGGUCAGUGAAGAUUUUCGUGAAGGUGAAAAUUUAUUCGUGAUUUCCGCUCGUCUGCCCGUGAUCGAAAGUUUCGGUCUGGCCGAUGAACUUCGCUCUCGCACGAAUGGUAUCGUGAAUCUACCACAGUUACGACCCGGCGGAUGGGAGCUUUUGGAUAUCGAUCCCACACAACGGGAUUUACUUUUCGACGGUGCUGGCACGAAAAGUGGGAUAAUUGGCAUCCGGUCUUCAAAUAUGGCUGACGCGUUUGGGACGUCGGCUCGGGAACGCAAGCGUGGUGGCAAAAAGAUGACCGGAUCAAGUGAUUCGAACAUAAAACAAACUUACCCCACGCAUCGGAGUGAUCCGUCAUCCACUGUGCUAUCGAAAGGUAAAAAAGUGACCAAUGCAGGCGGCCCCGGUGGCGCAGCUGCCCCGACUGACAGUGAUGAUGAAGUGAUUGACGAUCAAAUUGCUCAACAGACCCGAGUUCAGAGAUAUUUACGGGAUAUUCGGGUUCGUAAAGGUCUGUCGACAAAUGAGCAAUUAGUACUGUAUGCGGACAAACAGAGAACUCUGAAAAAGAACAAAUAA